AUGACCCACCAAACCCAUGCAUAUCACAUAGUUAAUCCCAGCCCAUGGCCACUCACAGGAGCCCUCUCGGCCCUCCUAAUAACCUCAGGCCUAGCCAUAUGAUUUCACCACAACUCAACACUAUUACUAGCUCUUGGAAUAACUACUAAUCUACUAACUAUGUAUCAAUGAUGACGAGAUAUUAUUCGAGAGAGCACAUUCCAAGGCCACCACACACCUAUUGUGCAAAAAGGCCUUCGAUAUGGAAUAAUCCUUUUCAUCAUCUCAGAAGUAUUUUUCUUCGCAGGCUUCUUCUGAGCCUUCUACCACUCAAGCCUAGCCCCAACUCCUGAACUAGGAGGAUGCUGACCACCAACAGGUAUUAUUCCCCUAAACCCCCUGGAAGUCCCAUUACUCAAUACCUCCGUACUUCUGGCUUCUGGAGUAUCGAUCACCUGAGCCCACCACAGCCUGAUAGAAGGAAACCGAAAACACAUGCUCCAAGCAUUAUUUAUUACAAUCUCACUAGGAGUUUACUUUACGCUCCUCCAAGCCUCUGAAUACUACGAAACAUCAUUUACAAUCUCUGACGGAGUCUACGGAUCAACUUUUUUUAUAGCUACGGGAUUUCAUGGACUACACGUAAUUAUCGGCUCUACAUUCCUAAUCGUAUGCUUCCUACGCCAACUAAAGUAUCACUUUACAUCAAACCAUCACUUUGGAUUUGAAGCUGCUGCUUGAUAUUGACAUUUCGUAGACGUAGUCUGACUAUUCCUAUACGUUUCCAUUUAUUGAUGAGGAUCUU